GGACGCGGACCCGGAGCCCGGGAGGGCAGGCGCGCCGGGCAGUAGCCGGCAUCGCCGCCCUGCUGACCAUGAAUGGGAUGGCCAAUGUGAAUUCUGCCAGCCGCCCCCACUAUGCCUCCUCCAUCCCUGUGCCUCGUGCUUCUUCCCAGACCCGGAUUCGGACACCUGCUGCUUCCCCCCAGCUGCGGCCGCGCCAGGCUGGCCUGGCCCUCAGUCCCCAGCGCGCAGCCUCCCCAAGACUGGGCAGGGCUGCAGGCCCUGCCAGAAACUUAUCUCCGAAGGCCUCCGUGGGGAGGGGCUCGCCCAAGGCUGCCAGGGCAGGGAAGGAGCCGGCUGAGGGUGCUGAAGGUCUCUCUGGCUCCCCAUGGAGCAGCCCCCGGGUGACCCCGAGAGCGGCCCCCUCCAGCAGCCGGGCUGGGUCCAGAAGAGUUGGGGAGACACCGAGCACCCAUGCAAAGAGGCAAAAGGCCCAGGAAGGGACCCCAGUGCGCCAGACCCGCGGCAGGAGCCCAUCCCGGACCAGUUCUCAUGGAGAGGCCCAACUACCGGGGGCUCCCGAAGACCAGAAACCUCCCGGCUGGCCAGGAAGAGACCACAGGGACAUUGACUACAUGGCUGCUGGGGCGCCCAGGUCCCUGGAGCCUGAGGAAGACGCAGCUUCAGUGGCUUCCUCUCCCGCUUGCAGCCCAGCACGGAGCACACGCCCCUCCCCCACCCCAGGGGCCAUUAGCUUCUCCUCCGUCCAUCAGCAGAGCCAGCCGGUCACUGCCACGGUGGCGCCCUUCCAGUACAGGCUGCAGAAAGACCAGGAACCGGGCCCCACACCCCAGGGCAGCUGGGCCCUUGAUGGCUACUCUGCACCCUCCGGGAGGGCUGAGGAGAGCGUCUCCUGCAUGGACGCGCGGAUCGUCCAUGCGCUCCUCGCGGGCAGAAUGCUGGGCAGCGGCGUCAAGAGCGCGCAGCCCGAGGUGGAGCUGAGCGGCGGCGGCGGCGGCGACGAGGGCGCGGACGAGGCGCGGGGCGCGGGCAGGAAGGCGGCCGCGGCGGACGGCAGAGGCAUGCUGCCCAAGCGCGCCAAGGCGCCCGGCGGCGGCGGCGGCAUGGCCAAGACGAGCGCGGCCGAGCUGAAGGUCUUCAAGUCCGGCAGUGUGGACAGCCGUGUCCCCGGCGGGCCGCCGGCCUCCAACCUGCGCAAGCAGAAGUCGCUCACCAACCUCUCGUUCCUCACCGACUCCGAGAAGAAGCUGCAGCUGUGUGAGCCCGCAUGGAGCGACGACAUGGCCAAGGCGCCCAAGGGUUUGGGCAAGCUGGGCUCCAAGGGCCGCGACGCUCCGCUGAUGUCCAAGACGCUGUCCAAGUCAGAGCACUCGCUCUUCCAGGCCAAGGGCGCCCCGGCGGGCGGCGCCAAGACCCCCCUGGCCCCGCUCGCGCCCAGCCUGGGAAAGCCGAGCCGGAUCCCGCGCGGACCCUACGCAGAGGUCAAGCCGCUCAGCAAGGCGCCGGAGGCGGCCGUGAGCGACGACGGCAAGUCGGACGACGAGCUGCUUUCUAGCAAGGCCAAGGCGCAAAAGGGCUCGGGGCCGGUGCCCUCCGCGAAGGGCCAGGAGGAGCGCGCUUUCCUCAAGGUGGACCCUGAGCUCGUGGUCACGGUGCUGGGCGACCUGGAACAGCUGCUCUUCAGCCAGAUGUUGGACCCAGAGUCCCAGAGGAAGAGGACGGUGCAGAACGUUCUGGAUCUCCGACAGAACCUGGAAGAGACCAUGUCCAGCCUGCGAGGCUCCCAGGUGACGCACAGCUCGCUGGAGAUGACCUGCUAUGACAGCGAUGACGCCAACCCUCGGAGCGUGUCCAGCCUCUCCAACCGCUCGUCACCUCUCUCCUGGCGCUACGGCCAGUCCAGCCCGCGGCUGCAGGCGGGCGACGCGCCCUCGGUGGGGGGGAGCUGCCGCUCAGAGGGGCCGCCGGCCUGGUACAUGCACGGGGAGCGGGCCCACUACUCCCACACCAUGCCCAUGCGCAGCCCUAGCAAGCUCAGCCACAUCUCCCGCCUGGAGCUGGUGGAGUCCCUGGACUCCGACGAGGUGGACCUCAAGUCUGGCUACAUGAGCGACAGUGACCUCGUGGGCAAGACCAUGACAGAGGAUGACGACAUCACCACCGGCUGGGAUGAGAGCAGUUCCAUCAGCAGCGGGCUCAGCGAUGCCUCGGACAACCUCAGCUCGGAAGAGUUCAACGCCAGCUCCUCACUCAACUCCCUCCCGACCACUCCCACGGCUUCCCGCAGGAACUCUACAGUAGUGCUACGCACCGACUCAGAGAAGCGCUCCCUGGCAGAAAGUGGGCUGAGCUGGUUCAGCGAAUCCGAGGAGAAGGCCCCCAAGAAACUGGAGUACGAUAGUGGUAGCCUGAAGAUGGAACCUGGGACUUCCAAGUGGCGGAGAGAGCGGCCUGAGAGCUGUGAUGAUUCGUCCAAGGGUGGGGAGCUGAAGAAGCCCAUCAUCCUGGGGCACCCCGGCUCCCUGAAGAAGGGCAAGACGCCCCCGGUGGCUGUCACUUCCCCCAUCACCCAUACAGCGCAGAGCGGCCUCAGAGUCGCAGGCAAACCUGAAGGCAAAGCCACGGACAAGGGCAAGCUCGCCGUGAGAAACACUGGGCUGCAGCGCUCCUCCUCCGACGCCGGCCGGGACCGCCUGAGUGAUGCCAAAAAGCCGCCGUCGGGCAUCGCCCGGCCCUCCACUUCGGGGUCCUUCGGCUACAAGAAGCCCCCUCCUGCCACAGGCACCGCCACCGUCAUGCAGACGGGUGGCUCGGCCACUCUGGGCAAGAUCCAGAAGUCCUCGGGCAUCCCAGUGAAGCCCGUUAACGGGCGCAAGACGAGCUUGGAUGUGUCUAACAGCGCAGAGCCCGGCUUCCUGGCUCCCGGAGCCCGUUCCAACAUCCAGUACCGCAGCCUGCCCCGGCCGGCCAAGUCCAGCUCCAUGAGCGUGACCGGUGGACGGGGCGGACCACGCCCCGUCAGCAGUAGCAUUGACCCCAGCCUCCUCAGCACCAAGCAAGGGGGCCUCACUCCCUCCAGACUGAAGGAGCCUUCCAAGGUGGCCAGUGGGCGGACCCCACCGGCUCCCGUCAACCAGACGGACCGGGAAAAGGAGAAGGCCAAAGCCAAGGCAGUGGCCUUGGACGCCGACAACAUCUCCCUGAAGAGCAUCGGCUCCCCGGAAAGUACUCCCAAGAACCAAGCAAACCACCCACCGGCCGCCAAGCUGGCGGAGCUGCCGCCGACCCCUCUCAGGACCACUGCUAAGGGCUUUGUCAAGCCGCCCUCACUCGCCAACCUGGACAAGGUCAACUCCAACAGCCUGGACCUACCAUCGUCCAGCGACCCCCAUGCUUCCAAAGUCCCAGAUCUUCAUCCCACAAGCUCCACCUCGGGGGGUGCUCUCCCUUCUUGCUUCACCCCCAGUCCAGCGCCCAUCCUCAAUAUUAACUCCGCCAGCUUCUCCCAGGGCCUGGAGCUCAUGAGCGGUUUCAGUGUCCCAAAGGAGAGCCGCAUGUACCCCAAACUCUCGGGCCUGCACAGGAGCAUGGAGUCCCUCCAGAUGCCGAUGAGCCUGCCCAGUGCCUUCCCCAGCAGUCCACCCGUCCCUGCCCCCCCUGCCCCAGCUGCUGCCCCGCCAGAGGAAGAGGCUGAAGAGCUGAGCUGGACUGGAAGCCCCAGAGCCGGGCAGUUGGACGGUAACCAGAGGGAUCGGAACACUCUUCCCAAAAAAGGGCUCAGGUACCAGCUGCAGUCCCAGGAGGACACCAAGGAGAGGCGGCACUCCCACACCAUCGGCGGGCUGCCCGAGUCCGACGACCAGUCCAAGCUGCCUUCCCCCCCUGCACUCUCCAUGUCCUUGAGUGCAAAGGGCCAGCUUACCAACGUAGUGAGUCCCACUGCGGCCACCACGCCAAGAAUCACUCGCUCCAACAGCAUCCCCACCCACGAGGCCGCCUUCGAGCUGUACGGCGGCUCCCAAAUGGGGAGCACCCUGUCCCUGGCCGAGAGACCUAAGGGGAUGAUUCGGUCAGGAUCCUUCCGAGACCCCGCGGAUGAUGUCCACGGCUCCGUGCUGUCCCUGGCCUCCAGCGCCUCCUCCACCUACUCCUCACAAAUCCGGAAGCUUCGUAGGGAGCUGGAGUCAUCCCAGGAAAAAGUGGCCACCUUGACGUCUCAGCUUUCAGCCAAUGCUAACCUCGUGGCUGCCUUCGAGCAGAGCCUGGUGAAUAUGACGUCCCGCCUGCGACACUUGGCAGAGACAGCCGAGGAGAAGGACACCGAACUGCUGGAUCUGCGAGAAACCAUAGAUUUUCUGAAGAAGAAGAACUCCGAGGCCCAGGCCGUCAUUCAGGGAGCCCUCAAUGCCUCAGAAGCCACGCCCAAAGAACUUCGGAUCAAGAGACAGAACUCCUCAGACAGCAUCUCCAGCCUCAACAGCAUCACUAGCCAUUCCAGCAUUGGCAGUGGCAAGGAUGCUGAUGCGAAGAAGAAGAAGAAAAAGAGCUGGCUACGAAGUUCCUUUAACAAAGCCUUCAGUAUAAAAAAGGGACCCAAGUCUGCUUCCUCGUACUCGGACAUCGAGGAGAUUGCCACGCCCGACUCCUCCGCCCCAUCGUCCCCCAAGCUGCAGCACGCUUCCACAGAGACCGCCUCGCCCUCCAUCAAGUCCUCCAACUCCUCCUCCGUGGGCACUGAUGUCCCCGAGGGCCCUGCUCACCCAGUUCCCCACACUACCAGGCUGUUCCACAGCAAUGAGGAAGAGGAGCCGGAGAAAAAAGAGGUCUCGGAGCUGCGCUCCGAGCUGUGGGAGAAGGAGAUGAAGCUGACGGACAUCCGCCUGGAGGCCCUCAACUCGGCCCACCAACUGGACCAGCUUCGGGAGACCAUGCACAACAUGCAGUUGGAGGUGGACCUGUUGAAAGCAGAGAACGACCGGCUGAAGGUAGCCCCCGGCCCCUCCUCAGGCUGCACCCCAGGGCAGGUCCCUGGAUCAUCUGCUCUGUCGUCCCCUCGCCGCUCCCUGGGCCUUGCACUCACCCAGUCCUUCAGCCCAAGUCUCACGGACACAGAACUGUCACCCAUGGAUGGCAUCAGCACUUGCGGUCCCAAGGAGGAAGUGACCCUGCGGGUGGUGGUCCGGAUGCCCCCCCAGCACAUCAUCAAAGGGGACUUGAAGCAGCAGGAGUUCUUCCUGGGCUGUACCAAAGUCAGUGGAAAAGUUGACUGGAAGAUGCUGGAUGAAGCCGUUUUCCAAGUAUUCAAGGACUAUAUUUCCAAAAUGGACCCAGCCUCCACCCUGGGACUCAGCACUGAGUCCAUCCACGGCUACAGCAUCAGCCACGUGAAGCGCGUGCUGGACGCAGAGCCCCCCGAGCUGCCCCCUUGUCGCCGCGGUGUCAACAACAUCUCCGUGUCUCUCAAAGGUCUGAAGGAGAAGUGCGUGGACAGCCUGGCCUUCGAGACGCUCAUCCCCAAGCCCAUGAUGCAGCACUACAUCGGCCUCCUGCUCAAGCACCGGCGCCUCGUGCUCUCGGGCCCCAGCGGCACGGGCAAGACCUACCUGACCAACCGGCUGGCCGAGUACCUGGUGGAGCGCUCGGGCCGCGAGGUCACCGAAGGCAUCGUCAGCACCUUCAACAUGCACCAGCAGUCGUGCAAGGAUCUGCAGCUGUACCUCUCCAACCUGGCCAACCAGAUAGACCGGGACACGGGGAUGGGGGACGUGCCCCUGGUGAUCCUCUUGGAUGACCUGAGUGAAGCAGGUUCCAUCAGUGAGCUGGUCAACGGGGCCCUCACCUGCAAGUACCACAAAUGUCCAUAUAUUAUAGGCACCACCAACCAGCCGGUAAAAAUGACACCCAACCAUGGCUUGCACUUGAGCUUCAGGAUGCUAACCUUCUCCAACAACGUGGAGCCAGCCAACGGCUUCCUGGUCCGCUACCUGCGGAGGAAGCUGGUGGAGUCGGACAGCGACGUGAACGCCAACAAGGAGGAGCUGCUGCGGGUGCUGGACUGGGUGCCCAAGCUCUGGUACCACCUCCACACCUUCCUGGAGAAGCACAGCACCUCCGACUUCCUCAUCGGCCCUUGCUUCUUUCUGUCCUGUCCCAUUGGCAUCGAGGACUUCCGGACCUGGUUCAUUGACCUGUGGAACAACUCCAUCAUUCCUUAUCUCCAGGAAGGGGCUAAGGAUGGAAUCAAGGUCCAUGGACAGAAAGCUGCUUGGGAGGACCCAGUGGAGUGGGUCCGGGACACUCUCCCAUGGCCGUCAGCUCAACAAGACCAGUCCAAGCUGUACCACCUGCCCCCGCCCACCGUAGGCCCUCACAGCAUCGCCUCACCUCCUGAGGACAGGACAGUCAAAGACAGCACCCCGAGUUCUCUGGACUCAGAUCCCCUGAUGGCCAUGCUGCUGAAACUUCAAGAAGCUGCCAACUACAUUGAGUCUCCGGAUCGAGAGACCAUCCUGGACCCCAACCUCCAGGCCACGCUGUGAGGGCACAGGGCUCACUGGAGCCCCGGACGGCAGAGGGCUGGCAUCGGCUGCGUCAGUUCCUCCUCUGCCCUCCCUUCUCCUCAACCACCGGCCCCCAGCCCCAGGAGGAGAACAGGAGGGAGGAGGAGGUGGGAGAAGGCGGGCGGGUUCUUGGUGCUGCACCUUCAAGAACUUCCUAGUCAGGAUUGGUGGGGUCGAGUUGGGAACGUUGUCCCCUAAAUACAUGUACUGGCCUCCUCUCGUGACUUUGGGGAAAAGAUGAUCAUAGGUCUUUUCCUCCAUUUCCUGUCUCAAUUACAAACUCCUGGGCUUUCUGGAGGGGGGUGGAUUCCGAAGACAUGGAAAAAUUGCAGCAUUCCUGAUUCUUGCAAACGUGUGGGGAAAGCUGAGGGAGGCAGGAAGCCCCCAGAUUGUCUCACAGCCCCUCCCCAAGUCCAUCGCCGCUGCCAACAACUCUUCUCGGAGAUCUGGCUGGAGCCCAGAAAAUGAAGCAUGUAGUUUACACAAUGUUUAAAUCAAUCCAUAAAAGGUUUAAAAGAAAAAAAAAAAAGAAAGAAAAGAAACACGGAGAAGAUGAAGCUGGAGAGGGGGAACCAGUUGCCCCGGCAGAAAGAGCGCUGCCCACUCCACCUUCCACUUCGUAAGGGGAGGUUGAUGCUGUGGCCACCAGGCUAAGUCAGCAGACCACAGAAAUGACAUCACAGCCUGCAGAGAGACACCUGCCCUCUAUUUAACAUACACACACGAGAGUCAAUAAACCCUACUUCUUUAUUUUUUAUUUCUGCUUUCUAAUUUUGUUUCUAUUUUUUUCCUCCCUUGCAUUUGCUUUCUUAUUUUCCUUUUCUUUUCCUUUGUUUUGCUUCUUCCAUUUCCUCACUUGUCCACAAGAUGCUGGGCUGCUUUUCCAGGGGCUGGUUUGGCUUUUCCAAGGGAAGUCCUUUGGAGAAUCUGAUGCCAUCCAGCUGGCACCAGCUAGACACCUGCCAUGCCGCUGGCCUUGGCAGCUAUGGCUGCGGGGCUUUGAUGAGACACCAAACUCUGGCUCAGACGUAGUGGGAGAAGAGGAGCCGAGUUCCCUUGAUUCCCUUCUGAAAAAGCACACAAUCCGCCUGGGAGCCCAAUUGCCAGCCUCUGGUGUGCGAGGGGAGAGCCACAGCUGGACAGAUCUACUCUGAGCUUCAUCACGGACUGGAGGAGGACCAAGGAAUUGGAAAUAUUUCUCUGUCUUGUGACUUUCUGGCUCCUCACUGCACUAUUCCAACAGUAGCCACUUUGCCUGAGUGAAUCUCAAUACCUGGCUAGCCCAUGCUGUCUGACGAGUAAAUAUUCACUUAGAGGAGACUGGAUCUCCCAUGAGAGGUACCACAGUCAGAAGAGGAGGCUCAGGGAGUUUGAUUGGUGACCAACAUCUGCCUUCCAAAGAGAUCCCACCUGGGGCCCCUUUCCUCUUGCCCUGAAGAGCUGGGAGUCUGUUCUUCACUUGAGAAGUGCUUGCUGAGUACUUAGUAGCAGACUCUAGAUUGAAAAAAAAGAACAUCUGGGUCCUCAAGUUCAAGUCCAGUAGGAAAGGGAAGCUCCAUUCAGUGCACGCCUCCUCGUUAUCUACACAUUUGGGAUUGUCUAAGAAACAUAGCUGGAACCCAGGGCGUGAACAAAAAAGAAACCUUUGAUUACAUGUCCGGCACAUCAGGGUGGAAGGUCAGUUAAGAUAAAGCCUGAGGGACAAUGGGAUGUGGCUUGUCUGGAGUGGCAAGUCUGCUCCCUGCCAUUUCUGAAGGCCUUGCUGGGGUGGGAUUCCCGGCUGAGCUGCCUGAGAAGCUGUUUCAGGUCUCUGUAGAUCAGGGAUAUGUGCUGGGCCUGCACCAGGUGUUUGCUCUUCAGAUUCCUAAGUGGCACAAGACUCCAUCAGAAUCUUUAGCUCUACGAACCUGGAUCCCUGCCCCGCCCAUCUGAUUCUUCGUAGGAGAACGUUUUCAUUUAGGUCCGCAACAUGGUGCAGAUGACACUCCCCCUCCCCCACCCCAAGCUUCUGCAUUCACCUGGCAGGUCCUGAGGACGACAGGGUCAUCCAUGCUGGAAACUUAUUGCUAUUGCUGCUAAUUCCAUGAGCUGUGAAGACCCCCCCACCAACUGGGCUGUACAUCGUGCAACUCUGGGGUGAGAUGGAGCUGUCCGAGGAUGGUGCUGAACUCACUGCCUUAAGGUCUCUGCUGUGCAGAAUGAGGAGGCCCCAAAGCCAAGGGUUCCAGCUCAGCAGGAAGAGAAGACCAGACCGGACGGGCCUACUUUGGACCUAGGCCUCUUGAUUGCCAGCCGGAGCUCCAGGGCAUGGCCAGGCUCAGGCUUCUAACGCCAUUUUAAUCGGAUGGCCGAGCCCUUAAUUCUCUGCUUUCUGGUGCUGCCCAGCCAGUGCCUUCUGUCGUGGAUGUUGCUGGCCACUUGAGAAGGAGGAGAGGGGAAACCCCUUCUUCCACUCUAGCUGCCUCAGACCCUAAAGGGAUUCUUGACUCUCUGGUAACCGUGGAUACCACCAUGAAUCUUACCUGGAUCCUUGGCAGGUUGAUUCUGAAGGCUGCUUGUGCUGUGACUGCGCUUCUGUGCCUGGGAUCCACCAACCCCUGAGUUGACCUCUGCAUUUAGCAUUUCCUCUAGAAAGUGUGUUCCCAUCUGGGGAGGUGUUCUUGAAGCCUCAGCUUUCCCUCUGGAGCCUGGGACCCUGUUUACAGUUGCACAUCUGGGCCCCUCGCCAAGGGGAUCAAUCAUCUCACAGAGGAAUCGUGGCUGGCAGCAACUGCAAGAUGUUGGGCCUCCUCACGGUGCUAUAACCCCUUGGGAUGCUCAUCAGACUUCCAGAAAACCGGAGCUGCCCCAUCACUGCCCUGGAACUAACGACAAGGAGCAAAUCCACGGACUCAUGUCCUAUCUACACGGCUGUUUUUUGGUAGAGAACACUGGGAUCACUCAGCAAAGAAAAACUGGGUCCCCUGGCUAAAUUCUCAGUCCCAGGCACCUUCAGAAAAAUCCAGCCUAAUGCUGGAACCUGUGCUACACCCCUCCUCUCCAGCCCCUCAACUCCAUCCUUCACCAGAGUUGGCUGGUACAUGACUUGGUUCAGUACCCAACGUCACCCUAUGGGGAGAGCCACAAAUCCAGCAGAGGCUCCUCGGCAGAGUCCCUCUCAUCUCUGGAUGAAGAAGACCAACACAUGUUGUCCAAUGUACUUGUUUCUCAGUCCCUGCCUAGGCACUAAAAAUAAAAUACUAGGUAAUUGGAGGCUAAUCUGGGACCUAAUGCGUCUGUGUGUGUGUGUGCGCGUGUGUCACACAAGAGCAGUUUGCUGUUGCUGUUUCCUUCUGAGGCUUCAUGGAGUAUUUUUUUAAAAAUCUAUGCUUUGUGGCAACUCUACGGUGCUUAUCUCUGUCUGUGUAGCUCCUUAUGCCAGUGUCUUUUAUGGAGUCUAACCAUUGGGAAGGUAGAGGCUGAUAGGGAAGAAUCUGUUGCAAGAGCUUGGACAGCCCCUACGGUGAAGUCUGUGUGGGUCGGUAGACUAUGUUUUGCUCUUGAAUUCCCAACCUCCUAAGUAAUCUAUCGAUAAUCCUUAAGGAUGUAAGACGAACUAAUGAUUUCUGUGCUCCUUUCUGAUUUUCCUUGUUUACAUGACUCUCCGUGGACCUCAUCUUGCUGUCCACAUCGAGCUCCCUGAGACAAGGGACACACGUUCAGGGGCAGAAAGUAGAGCUCACAUCAUACAUCAUCACCUGGGAAGGCACCUGUAUUCGGGAUCACAACCUACAGGUGAAAAUUGCCAAACUGAAUGGAACUCCUGAAGGAUCAAGGAGAUAUUUACACAAGACUUUAGAGAUUCUUCAUUGCAAGGUGUUGGGGAAGCUGUCCUAAUUGCAUAUUUAACACAGGGUUCAAGUGCUGAAAUAGCCGAGACCACCAAACACAGCUCCUCCUUAUGCAUCACACUUUUAACUCUGGGCAUUGGCCAAGCAGAAGCUGUUAAGUAGCAGACCUUAGGGACACUGUUCCCCAAAGCCUGAAGAUGUCGCCCCUGACGAUUGAAUCAGCUUUAGAUUUUCAUGAGACCUCAGUCAACCUGAUCAGGAACACGUGGGGUAGCCAGCUUGGCUGUCCCACCACCCAGGGCGAUGUAUGUGUGAAUGUUCAGCCUAGCUCUGGCCCCAAGCACUGCCAGCCACAGACCCUAGAAAAGGUAGAAAUAAACUAGAAGAUCUUACAGCCUUGAAGGGAGGACACCAUUGAGACCAAGACAGCUGGAAAUUAAACCAGUGUUUACUGGACCCUUCCUUCUUGAUGCUUUGGCCAUUUUUCUCUAUGAUUAUGCCACGAGGAAUUUUAAUGUGACAAGGGUUGUCGUGGAAGUAGGUGAACCCCAAGUUCCCUGAGUCAACCCUUUGGUUGCUUAAAUCAGUGGUUCUCAAAGUAUGGUUCCAAAGCAGUGGCUCUUGGAGCCUUGGAAGAAGUGAGCUUUUUAGGCUCCAUCUCAAAUCUACUAAGUCAGCAACUCCAGGGGCUGGGGCCCGGCAAGCCAUAUUGUAACAAAGCCUCCUGCUGACUGAUGCAGACUGAAGUUGAGAGUGACUAUAAGGCAAAUCCAGCCGUCAGUGUUCUCACACUAAGGGGCCAAAUAAGAAGAUGCUAGGUCCUAAUCCAGACUUCAACGUGAAUUUCAAAAGUCACCUUUCUCAUCCUUCUGUGUGUUUGUUUUGCCUUUGGUCUGAACAAAGGAGAAGUAUGUGUGCUUCUGGGCAGAAGUUAGGGGAGUGUUUGCAUCUUUGCAAGUCGGACAGCUUUCCGAGAAAAAUCUCCUGCCCUGAAACUUCCACCUGCAAACUGAGGGGCUUUGCCAGAGGAAAGCAAUUGGAGGUCUCUUCCAGAUUCCUCUUCUGCUGGGAAACUUGUGUCUAUUCUGAGCCUGUUUCUGAUGAUGUCAUCAGACGGUGAAAAAUGUCACUUUGUUUCCAUGACAAUGUGUUCUCCCAGCAAGAUCCCUCCCUUGAUUUGAGCUAUAAAGGGCACUGCUGGCCUUGAGAACCUGGUCAGAACCCCUUCCCCAAGACAGCGAGCAGGUGCAGGGCUCCAGGACCCCAGGUCAGCCCCUCAGCUCACAGGAGAGAGUUGUACGUGAGUGAACACGGUGCGGGGUACCUACGCCUACAGCCCAGACUUUCCCCACAUUGCAACCUGGACAUGGAGCCACUCAGCCAAGGCGAGAGAAUAAAAUACUUUUUUAAAGAAUCUGAAAAGAGCUUUGUAUCUCAGAGCCACAGUUGAGCAGAUGGGAAUGAGGGAAGCGAGGCUGUCUAGAGCUGGGUUUGUUUCCAGUGUGUCAACUUCCUCUGGGAGAGAGAGCAUAGUGAAACUUUGGAGUUCUUCUGAGUUCUGGAACUAAGACUCUAGGAAAGACUGGGGCCUAGGGAAAGCCAGUGCAAAGUGAUUGCCCUAAACCCACCCCUCAGUCCCCAGAAGGCUGAUGAGGGGCCCUUUAGCAAUCUCCUGUGGGGUCUCCCUGCUUCCGGCCAUUUCUGAGAAUGUCCAUACUAAGAGGAUAAGGCCAGUCUCUGGGCUACUGCUGUGCAGUGGCUUCCCAUUUCCUAAUGUUGUUGUUUGUUUUUAACAAAGCCCCUGCUAGCAUCCUCCCCGCCCCUCCUGUUUCAGGCAGCAGUGUCUGUGUAAUGGAGUCUUUCUCAGAUGCGUGGCACUCCUCAGGUGGAGGGUGGGCCGGAAUGUUUGCAACACUUUUAAUUUAUUGAGUGCAAAACCCCAAACCAGGAUAUGUGUGUCUCUGUGUGUUUAUGUUCUUUUCUCAUCUGACCCACCUCUCUUUCAACCAACCCCCCUUUUUGUAACUACUGUAGAAAAAGCAAAGCCAGAUCUGGAAAGCAAACUGUUGUAUAUAGUUGCGGUAACAAUCAUGAAGAGACCUGGGCUGUCCCCUCAGUCAGUCAUUUGAGAAACACAUUGGUUGAAAACUGAAUUCGUGCCGAGGCCAGCUGAAGAGGCCUUCCUCCAUCACCACGGAGGCCCCUCCCCCAGGCCCUCUGUCCACCAGGCGUGUCUCCUCCCAGCGAGAUUCAUCUGUUCGAUGCCAUUUGCGUUUCAAUAAAGUUAUCUCCUGUAUUGUCC